AUGCCGACCAAGGCAAUUUUCCCCACCUUCUACAAUAAGGAGACAAAGAUCUGGAGCGGCGUGCCCCGGGCCACUCUCUACGAUCCAAACACCUCCGUCGGCCAGGUCAUCUUCAACUCGCUGAAAUGUUGGCCCACCAAUGUGAUUCAGAUCAACGACGACGAUGGAACCGUGCUGACCAACGCCGACAUGCUGGCCUAUGCCACCCGCAUUGCCCUGUACUUCAAGAGCGAGGGUCUGACCCAAGAGGAUAAGGUGGGCAUUGUCGCCAACUCCAACACCUAUGUGAUUCCACUUGCCACCGCCUGCUUUUUCCAAGCCACACCCUUCCAUGCCGUCAACUACUCCCGAGAGCCGGCCAUCAUCAAGGGCCUGUACUCGGUGACCAAGCCCAAGAUUAUGUUCAUCGAUGGUGCGGACUAUGAAAAGAUCAAGGAGAUCACACAGGAGUGGGCGCCCAAGAUUAUAACGCUGACGGGUAGCGUGGAGGGAGUGACAAGCAUCGAGGAUCUGGUGAAACCCCAUCCCGCCGAGAAGAUUUAUGCACCCGCUGCCUUGGCCAAAACUGGAGACCAAAUCGCUGUGGUUCUGUGCUCAUCCGGAACCUCUGGACUGCCCAAGGCCGUGGCUCUCUCCCACCGCCACGUGGCUUCGACCAACUCACUAUGCAUCAGCACCGAUGUACUAUACACCAGUGCCACCAUUGACUGGAUGACUGGAUUUUCGAUUACCAUCAUGAAUCUCAUCUGCGGUUUCACCCGCAUCCUGUCCAGCAAGCCCUUCAGCGCAGAGACUGCCAUCAACAUAGUGACCAAGUACAAGGUUUCUUGCAUAGCCAUGGCUCCCUGGCAGGCAUACGAAAUGUACACAAGUCCCUUGGCUACUCCCGAACGCCUGGAGAGUCUGAAUAUUUCCUUCGUGAUCGGUGGCUGGAUAUCUCUGGCUUUGCUCCGUCGUGCCCAGGAGCUGAUGCCCAAUUGUUACAUUAUGUUCUCGUAUGGAACCACGGAAACAGGUGUGGUGACCAUCAACUGCGAUCAGUCGUUGGAGUGUUCGGUGGGUCGCCUGGCCCCUGGUAUGAGGGUCAAAAUCCUGGACGAGAACGGACAGCAACUGGAUGUGAAUCAAACCGGAGAGGUGCUCAUCGACAUUGGCCUCAAGUGGGAGGGUUAUCUGGCGAAUCCAGAGGACACAGCAGCCACUCUCCAGAACGGCUGGAUCAAUCUGGGAGAUUUGGGUUACUUUGACGAGGACAACAAUCUGUAUCUGGUGGACCGCAAGAAGGAUCUGCUGAAGUACAAGUCCAAGCACUACUGGCCCAACGAGAUUGAACAGGUGAUCGCCGAGCUGCCGGAGGUGAAGCAUGUCUGCGUCGUCGGAGUCCGGGAUGAGCGAUAUGGCGACGCUGCCGGAGCUUUGAUCAUCAAGAAGGAAGGUGCUGAUAUCAGUGCCGAGAAGAUCAGUGAGCAUGUGGCCCAGAAGCUGGUGGUGGAGUACAAGCACUUGAAUGCCGGCGUCAUCUUUGUGGACGAGUUCCCCAAGAAUGCCAACGGCAAGGUCAUGCGAAGUUUGGCACGCCAAGUGUUCGAGGAAACCAAGAAAUAA